UUAUCCCAGACACAGAGAUCACGUGACAUUUAUCAUCAAAACCCUCAACGUCACUGAUACCCCGAAUCCCAAACGACCUGGCGUUUUCAACCUCUCAAGUUAUAUGACUGCCGUUUAUAGUGCUUUUUUAGCGGGUACCUAAGCUGUAAAUUCCCACGGACCUACCAUAAGAAAAAGUAGUCAAAUAAGGUUCGCAUUUCGACCCCAAUUGGAGAUUGCCUCAACCGGUGUCCAAUAUACCUUGGAAGAGACUCAACAAAUUGUUGUUGCAGUUAGAAAGCAAGGAUGCUCUCUCUUAAAGACAUUGUACCUGCAGCCAAGAAUGACAUAAACACACAGUUCAUACUUCUGAACAAACACAAGACAUUGGAAGGGCAAAAUAAGACAUGCUUGGCACUUGUGGCUGAUGAGACAGCUGCAGUUCACUUCCAGUUCUGGGGGAAUGAGUGUGAUGCUUUUGAACCGGGUGAUAUUAUCCACCUGACUGAUGGAAUUUUCUCUUACAACCGGAAAAAAUGGGCACUGAGGGCAGGCAAGAGAGGGAAGGUAGAGAAGGUGGGAGAAUUCACUAUGGCGUAUGUUGAGACACCCAACAUGAGCGAGAUCGAAUGGGUUCAUGACCCAAGUCAAUCUAAGUUUGUGCAGAAGACUGUUAUUUCGCCAUAUUCACGCAUUUUCCCACCAAUACCUUAGUUGUUGAGCCUUUUGCUUUCAUGGAAUAGUCCUCCUUACUACAAUUAAGGUCACCAUAAAUGGUGAGACCAAUUGAAUUUGCUUAAUACAAUAUUUAUUUCUUACAUGUUUCACAUCCCUUUGAGCAAUAUAUCAAUGAUGCAUAGUAGAAUUUGAAAA